CUACAACUAGGUUGACAGAUGAUUGGAGACGGAAGAAAUUGCGUUCCGCAAUGGAUAGAGCUUCGGACCGGAGAUUUAGAAAAACAUGCCACUCGACGUACAACAACAAGCACUGGCGGCGGUGCCAUUAGCCAAGAACUAUCUGAAGAAUGCUGCGAAAGACAAUCAAGAAUUUUUUCUCGAUCAGGGUUUGAAGUACGUCCGGGAGUCUUUCAAUAACUACCACAAGGCAUACAAACACAAUCUAAGAGUGUCGGUUUUGACCGAGGAUCAAGGAGACGCAGCGGGAGGCGGGGGACCGCCGUUUCUCGCGCGAACAAAUCUCGUGGACGAGGAGGGUGAAUUCAACAAGAAUUUCAUAUGUCCCGAGCGACCGGGCCAUGCAGUACCGCCAAAGACGUGGGUCGUGACCGACGAUCUAGACAAGCAGCCUCUGUUGGAAUUCACACGGCCUGUCGAUGCGCUGCACGCGCACUUUGUUGAUAAGACCACAGGAAAGGUCCACUGGGACGCAGUGUACGACUUCCGCGAUGCAGAUGAUGUUGCCAAGUCCUCCACUAUCGCAGACAAAGCAGGAGGCAGCACGUUCAACUUUCUAAGUGAUUUGGUGGAGAGUGCACUCGGUGGCUCGGCGGGUGGAAAAACGAAGUUGCCGAACUUCUCUCUGAAAACAAAUCCCUUCUACACGACGUACGCACAAGCCCUGAAAGGCGGCACACAACAAGAUUUUUUGCAGAUUUGCCCGCCUCCGGAUGACCCGCCACAUUGGUACGAACUCACACUGACAGAUGUUGGACCAAGUCCUAAACAGGUUGCGCGAGGUGGAGGAACAGCAUCACUUCUAGGCCGCAUAAAGCUCAUCGAGACGCAUCCCUUAGAUUUACCGACGCAAGGGAUCGCUCACAAAGAGGGUUCCUUGCUAGAAGCAGCUGAUCCUGGGAUGAUCAUGUUCGCACAUAGCUAGGUGAGCAGUAGGUAAUUGGUGGUUGGUUGCAUCUUUUUGAUACCGACCGGUGUACGAAACAAUCAAUGAACCGCGGCAGACAAUGAUCACUUUUGGUUUGGAAAAGUCUUCAUUCUACAGUGAAU